AGCUACAGACAGUCUCAAAGCACUUGGUUCGCGGGUAGGCUAUCCUGUGUCAGUCAGAAACUGAAUAUUAUGAAGGUUUAGGCUACUUGCCUUUUUAUUCGAGUAUUAUGUAGUGGACGAUCGAAGACGCGAUUCAAUUUUGGGACGUAACUGGCCUUCUCAAAAUGUAUUCUAUCAUCGUGUACGUAUUGGUCAUAAGUGUCGACUUAGUGACAUUCUGUGUUUUAAGUGACAGGUUGCUAUCCCUGGGGUCUGGACAACAGAAUGCGACGGUUUAUUUGUGUUUACAGUGGGUCACGUCAGGAAUAAGAUGGGUGAUGUUGAGCGGUGUGACUUAUUGGGCUAACCAUGGCUCCAACGUUGUGCUGAAAAGGUGGCUUGGAACCCUUUGCUUCCUUGGUUCUGUAUUCGAGAGUGGAUGCUUCAUAUUGUCUAGCAGUUAUCCGCUGGGAACCUCAUGGCGUUGGUUAUCACAUUUUAUCGCGGCUACCUCUGCUUGUUUGUUGUGGGAGUUCUCAUUCCCUGACAAAAAAGUCGAAAGUAACGGAAAACAGAAAACGCAAAAGGCACGAGAGCAUCUCCAGCGCGUAAUUCUUCUGUACAGACCGGAUUACAUGCUUCUAAUUGGGGCGUUCAUCUCCCUCACACUAGCAGUUCUGUGUGAGAUGUUCAUUCCCUUUUACACUGGAAGAGUGAUUGACAUCCUGCAGUCACAGUACCAGUGGAGUGACUUCCUGACCGCAAUUCUCCUCAUGGGCCUCUUCUCCUUAGGAAGUUCCAUCAGUGCAGGAUGUCGAGGCGGACUCUUCAUGUGUGCCAUAAAUAGUUUCACAUCCAGAGUGAGAAUCAUGCUGUUCAGAGCCCUUGUGAAUCAAGAAAUUGCGUUUUAUGAGACUGCAAAGACAGGUGACCUCACUGCUAGGUUGUCAGGAGACACUACUCUGAUGGCACGGGCGGUGGCACUGAAUGUGAAUGUUAUAUUAAGGAGGUCCAUCAAGACCCUGGGCAUGCUAUCCUUGAUGUUGAGCCUGUCCUGGAAGCUCACAUUGCUAAUGCUGAUGGAGACACCACUAACUGGGUUGCUUCAGAACGUAUAUGACACAUUUUAUCAGAAACUGUCCAAAGAGGUGCAAGACUCUAUUGCACGAGCCAAUGAUGCUGCAGAAGAGACUGUGUCAGGCAUUCGCACUGUACGAGGGUUCAACACAGAGACAAGGGAAUCACGUCGCUAUAACAAUUGCCUGAUGGACACUCACAACCUGAAGAAUCGAAGGGAUACUGUCAGGGCAGUGUACACGGUUGUGCAAAGGAUUACAGAACUUGGCAUGAAGGUGGCCAUGCUCCUCUAUGGCAGGCUAAUCAUUGAGUCAGGACAGAUGAGCACAGGGAAUCUGGUGUCUUUCAUCCUGUACCAGACUGACCUGACUACCAAUAUUAGAGCUUUAAUCUACAUCUUUGGUGACAUGCUAAACUCUGUGGGUGCAGCUGGUAAGGUCUUUGAGUACCUGGACAGGAAACCUGAAGUUAGUGCUGAGGGAACCCUCCAGCCUGACUCUCUGAAGGGACAUGUCCUGUUCCAGAACCUCACUUUCUCCUACCCUACCCGCCGUGACCAGAAAGUGCUGAAGGACUUCUCUCUUGAACUAAAGCCGGGGCAGAUGACAGCUUUGGUGGGGGCCUCAGGUGGGGGCAAGACUACCUGUGUGAGUCUGCUGGAGAGAUUCUACCAGGCUCAGGAGGGAGAGAUCCUCCUGGAUAGACAUCCACUGCAGAAUUAUCAGCACAAAUAUCUGCAUAGAAAGAUUGCCAUGGUGGGCCAGGAGCCUGUGCUUUUCUCUGGUUCUGUGAGAGACAACAUCGCCUAUGGGCUGGGAGAGUGUUCCCUACAGCGAAUACAGGAAGCGGCCCUCAAAGCCAAUGCCCAUGGCUUCAUCUCUCAGCUGGAGAAAGGCUAUGACACAGAUGUGGGAGAGAGGGGAGGUCUGUUGUCGGGCGGUCAGAAGCAGCGCAUUGCCAUCGCCAGGGCUCUGAUCAGAGAGCCACAGGUGCUCAUCCUGGAUGAGGUGACCAGCUGUCUGGACACAGAGAGUGAACAAAUGGUACAACAAACCUUGGCCUCCUGUCCCAACCAGACCCUGCUAGUGAUUGCUCAUAGACUGAAGACCAUCGAGAGAGCGGAUCAGAUCGUAGUGAUUGACAGUGGGACAGUAAUCGAGAAGGGCACUCAUAAAGAACUCAUGGAAAAACAGGGCACCUACUACAGUCUAAGAGAAAGGCUCUUUGACAGUUAACCAAUUUUAACAAUUUAGUUUCCUGUUCGACUUAAUGUUGUUUUUCAGGCUGUGUAGAGUUUGUAGAAAAUAGGCCAAUGUAUGUUUUGUGUCAUGUUUAAGCAUCUUUUUUGUUUGCCCUAUCAUAUAACAACCAGAAGAAUAAUAGGUUAUGCUGUUUUUUGUCAUUUUAUUACUGUGUUUAUUACAUGGAGUCAAAAAAUGUUUAGCCAUUAAAACUGGUUGUUUUCUGUAUUGUAGAUUUGGAGUUGUAACUGGUUGUCUUCUGCAUGUAUUGUAGAUUUGGAGUUUUUUUCUUUUUCCAAAAUUGAUCAUAUUUUGUAUGUAUCUUUUAUGGCAUGAAAAAUAAAUAAAAUUCAAGUAGCCAUAUCUACCAUAAA